AUGGAACGGCAACAAGAUUCUUCUAAAAAGUGGAAGAUGGAUGUGCCAGAACAAUCGGAUAAUGCUAAUACCAAAAAUCAAGACAACAAAAAAGUUAAGGAAACAUUUUUCGGUCGUAUAUUUCGUAAAAUCAUAGAUAGCGGCAUACCAAUUAAGAAAGCUCUUAAUUUGGUAUUCUUUGGUUACGUUUUUGGCAUUAUUUUAACUAUAAUUUGGUACAAUUAUGUUACGAAAGAGGAAUUGAAUACAUUACGUUGGAUUUGUUUCAUUGUUAUUGGAUUUAUCGUAUUGCUUUUAUCCUAUAGUAUGGAAGUAAGGUGUACCGUUACCUUGGCAAUACCCAUUUUAUGCAGUUCCAAAGGACGUUCAGUAAUAAUAGCCGUGGGAUUUUUCCUGGCCGCUACUGGUCCCACAGUAAAUAUCUUUCAUAAUAUAGAUGUAAUGGUAACAAGUCUAACAUGUGGUCAAAUGCAAUUAAAAGAAGCGCUAAGUGAAAUGUUGGAUGCACUCAAAAAACCCUUAGUAGCCAUUAAAGAAGCCAUACGCAAUGCCAUAAACGAUUUGAGAAAUGUCCUUAAAAAAGUACAAGUUGUUUUAUUAAGAAUCGAGGAACUGGUAAUAAUUAUAUUAGCUAGCAUUAAGAACGCUUUCGCCUGGCUAGAGAAUAUUGUGAAAAUGUGUAAUACUAAAUUUGGUACACCCUAUGAACGUUGUAUGGAUAUCUCAAAACUUGCCAUGCAAGAUUGUCGUGCCAAAUUGGGUCCUAUCAAGGGCAUUUGUCGUGUUACCCAUGUCUUUUCAAUGCUUUGCUAUACCGCCAAAAUUGUGGAUGUUAUAUGUGUGUUAGUGGAUUUCGUUAAUUAUGCCAUUAUUGCGAAAGUUAUGGAAAAAUUGGCUGCUUUUGUGGGGGAAAUUAAGAAAUUAUUCGAUGUUUCUAUAACAUUUGAUCAUGAUUUUUAUUUUCAAACUACAACUUCCAAGGAAUUGCAACAAGUUAAAACGGAUAUAAUGGCGGAUAUACACAGGAAAAUGAGAACCUUUGUUUUAAUAUUCGGUUGGUUGGAUUUGAUGAGUCUGGUCUUAUUGAUAGUGAUUGUUAUAAAAGCCAUUUACUUUCGCUUGAAAUAUAUUCACAAUCUGGGCUAUCAAAAUAAUUAUAUAACUAAUGAAUUUUUAGAAAUCGAUGAGAAACGCAAAUCUUUACAAAUGGAAACGGUUUUACCUUUAACAUUUACCGAAAGCUUUAAAUAUCCAGGGCUUACCGAUUGCCGGCUUACUAAACAGGAAUGGCUGGGUAUUGCUCAAUCCAGUAUGUUCUUAAUUAUUUCAACUAUUCAAUUGUUUUGUAUUUGUUUUGCCGAUUAUUGUCUAUUUUGGAUUUUGGCAAUGAUUUCGUUUUAUGGUCAUAAGGAAUUGGGAUUUGAAGUUCCUCCCUAUAUUACCGUAGAGGUCGAAGGUGGUGGUUUUGUUGGAGAAAUAUUUCGUGGCAUUGUACAUGCCUUCGAACCAAUAUCACAAAACUAUACCAUGGACUCGAAAACAUGUCUGCCAAAUCCUAGGACUCCAUAUUAUGCCUAUUACUAUUUAAUAACAAUGAUUAUAAUAACGGCUUGGAUUUUUCUAUUUUGUCAACCCUAUGGUCUCAGAUUAAGGCAUAUAGUAAUGCGUUUGUAUUAUCCAGAGGUGGCAAGACAAAGAGCAGCUUGGUUACACAGUAAAAUUCUACUCAAAAGAAUGUCCUUCUUCAAAUUGGCUCGACGUAAGGCUCGUUUGUUAUUUAAAAAGAAUUCCACUAUAGAUAAUGUUUCCUGUUUGGAUUGGUUAAGGGCUCAAACAGAUCAGUAUUGCAUAUGUCGUUUUAUAUUGGGCCAAAGAUCCAAAGAUAAAUGUAUAUUGUGUGGCAUUCCUUUAGAUAGUGACCUACGUAAAAAAUGUGAAACUGUGGGCUGUUCGGCUAUUUAUUGUAAGAAUUGUUUUAAAGAAUCCUUAAGCAUGUGUUGUCUUUGUAAUAAUCCUGUAGAAUAUGGAGAUUUUAGUGAUAUCUCGGAAGUUGAAGAUUCUUCGGAUGACCCUGAUGCCAUUCAUUAUGAUGAAACCGAUGAGUAUUGUGCUUUAUAA